AUGAGUCAACUUGCAUCAUCCACAGAUCCGCCACCAUCAAAUACCAACAAGACAAAAUCAAAAAGAGGAAGGCCUCCGAAAUCAGCCCAAAAAUCAAAUAUUGUUCCCUCGGCCCCACUGCAUAAUGUAUUAGAAUUUAAACAGUCCUUCUCACAACUGUUAAGAAAGGAGGCCGAAUUAUUGGAAACCCGACCACCAUCGUUGCUUGAUACAGGGUUAUUAUCUAUCACUGAUUUAGAAAAUACUUUGAAUAAUGAUCUGCAAGAAGACAUGGAGGAUGAGGAAAUGGAGGAUAGCCAACAGCAUCAUGAUGACACAAGUCAUCUCACGGAAGUAGGAGCCGAAAGUCUGAAUGAAAUUUUCGAAAAUGCAGCUGUACAAAGGCCACAAUCAAAAUUACCUCAUCCAAGAACUCAAACUCUUCGAGAUUUACUGCUGAGUAAGGAUUUAUCAAUUAAAACACCAGAAGAAAUCAUUGAAGACGCAAUCAGAAAAGAAUUGAAAAGAACGAAAGGAAUGGAGGAUACAAUCAACAUGGAAGUACCUAAUGAUGUCAGGAAAGUGCUGGAUGUUUCUAGGAUACCAAAACUAUCUACCAUUAUUGAAGAAAUGGGAGAAAGUAAUGAAAGUGAGCGUCAACAAAUCGUAUUUAGUUUUAAUGAUGAAGCGAAAAUUGAAAAUGCAAUGUAUCUACCGAAACGUGUAGACAAUUUUAUUGCUCCCACUGAAGAGGCUAAUUAUUUUGGAAAACAAUACAAAACAAAAAACGAAAGACCGGCAAGCGACGAGGCUUUAUUGCAUGUUGCUAUUUAUCAUCCAGUCCGAAACACUAAAGUUAAAGAAUUUAUUGUGCUAGGAAGCCAAAAACUUACCGAGCUUAGAGAUUGUAUAGAUUGUUCUACAGAUGCAGCGUUGCUGAGUCACGUGUCCUUGUAUACUAAUUCUGGCUACUUUUUCAUUGAAAAUAUAUUUUACAAUGACAUGCGACAUGAGAACAAUAUUGACUACAGCGAGAAUAUCAUUACAUGGCUGAAAUCUUUUGACAACUUGGAAGGAUCCAAUUCAAACAAAACUAGUUAUUCAUCUAGACGAAUGGAGGAUGUUUGUUUUUAUGAUUUAUCCAUUCGAUUGAAUGAGCCAUAUAUUUAUUGUCAUAAUGGUAAUUGUAUGCAUUAUAUUGUCUUUACAGAAAUGAGAUUAAUCAACGAGAAGGAAGAUGUAAUGAAUAUUCAUGCAUAUCCAAUACGAUCAUUUCAAGCAAAACCUAAACGACGAAAAUGUGGAGUAUGCGAAAUCUAUCAAGCCAAGUACAUUACAUACAAAGACAAGCACACUUCAGACGAUCCUUCCUUCUUUUGCGACUCGUGUUACAGACAAUUUCACUAUGACCACACUGGUCAUUUGCUUUAUGGAGACUAUGAAGUGUUUGAAUAUAGAUACUUGGAACCAAGUGUGGUCGAUACAGUAAGAACUGGUGCCUUUAAAGGAUUGUUUCAUCCCGAGACGUUAAUUACAGGUAAAGAAGAUGCUGCUAAUAACUUUAGCAGAGGAAAGUACUCGUUGGGCCGCGAAAUUGUCGAUUUUGUUCUCGACAAAUUACGAAAAUUGGCAGAACGAUGUGAUUCUCUCCAAGGCUUCAUCUUGAACUGCUCGAUAGGAGGAGGCACAGGAUCUGGCCUAGGGAGUCUUCUAAUCAACCGAAUGCAGUCCGAUUACAAGACAGUGCCAAAAGUAUUGGUGGCAGUGCUGCCUUCGCCACAAGUUUCGAACGUUAUUGUAGAGCCUUACAAUGCAGUCCUGUCCUUAAAUGAACUUACUUCGAAUGCAGAUGUGUGUUUCAUGAUGGACAAUGAAGCCUUGUAUGAUAUUUGUCGUCGAGGACUAGAUAUAGCGUCUCCUACCUAUUUCCACCUUAACAAUCUCAUUUCCCAAACGUUUUCCUCUCUCACAACUGGUAUUCGUUUUGAUGCAAGUUUAAACAGUGACGUAAAAUCCUUUGCCAGUAACUUGGUUCCAUUUCCAAGAAUUAACUUUCUUGCUUGCUCGUAUGCCCCACUGUAUUCCCCAAUCAAAGCAUAUAAUGAGAUGAUUUCUGUUAAUGAAAUAACUUUGAGCGCAUUCGAAGCUGCAUCAAUGAUGGCCAAAUUCGACCCUAGACAUGGUAAAUUCAUGGCAGUGACCCUAAUGUACAGAGGUGACAUUGUUCCUAAGGAUAUUAAUGCUAGUAUUAUGGUUGUAAAGUCAAAGAAGACAUUCAAAUUUGUCGAUUGGUGUCCUACGGGAAUCAAAUGUGGCCUUACUACACAAAAACCAUCAGUGCUUCCAAAUAGCAUUAUUGCUCAGACUCAGAGAUCGGUAUGCAUGGCCUGCAACUCCACUGCCAUUGGAGAAGUGUUUAAGAGAAUAACGGACAAGUUCGACCUUUUAUAUGCUAAGCGAGCUUUCAUCCAUUGGUUUGUGGGUGAAGGACUGGAGAGUGGUGAGAUGGCUGAAUGUCGUGAAAACAUGGCACAAAUAAUUCAAAAUUAUGCUGAAUUAAAUGGUUCUGAUGAAGCUGCCACCACUGAAACUUCCAAAGAACCCAAUGCAACUGCCAACAAGGAAGCCAAACCAUCUCAUUAA